UCACACUAUCACUGUAUCGAUUCGGAGUUGCGCUAAGUUUUUUGCAAGUGUUUUGGGGCCCAAAAAUGCGCAUCAAAGCGCAGGAGGCCGAAUGAAAGAGCUGCGCCGCGACCAGGACACAAGCAACAACCAUGGAAAUACCCAUUCAGGUGGCCGUGCGCAUUUACCCGCACAGGGAGCUCAAGCAACUGAAGGAGAGCUUCGCAGCCCCCGCAGAGGGAAUCAAAAAGGAUGCGGUGGCGGAGGCGGAGGAUGAGGGGGCGGACUCCAAGGACACUGCGGAUGAAGUUGCGGAGGCGGUGCCGGAAAAGGAUGCCCCGGAGCCAAGGGAUCCGAAGGAUCGCAAUGGGAAUGACGAGGAGGAGCCAAAGCCACCUGCGGACGCCAAUGGCAAUGAUAGUAAUCCCAAGGAUUCUGAGUCGGAAUAUUGCGUCCAGGCCAUCCCCAUCAGCGCCUCCGCUUUGGGACUGCCCAGUGCCCUGCCUGGAGGCGAUCCCAUGGACAGCAUUGCGGCGGGACUCAUCCAAGUCGGUCCCCACACCGUGCCCGUCACCCACGCCCUUCCAAGCAGCAGCUCCCAGGAGCAGGUGUACCACCAGACGGUCUUUCCGCUCAUCACCCUGUUCCUCGAGGGCUUCGAUGCAUCCGUGGUCACCUACGGGCAGCGGGGCCAGGGCAAGAGCUAUACUCUGUACGGAAAUGUCCUAGAGAAUGGUCAAAAGCAGUCCACCGAGGGAGUCGUCCACCUCUGCGUGCGAGACAUCUUUUCGCACAUUUCCUCGCACCCAGAACGCACCUAUGCCAUAAACGUGGGAUUCGUGGAGAUUUGCGGCGGCGAAGUGUGCGAUCUGUUGGGCAUGGGCAACAUACAUUGCAACAACGUGGAGGCCGUCUUCCGCUGGCUGCAGGCGGGUCUCUCGGCGCGUCAAUCCCUGCCCGCCCAUACGCUAUUCACGCUCACGCUGGAGCAGCAAUGGGUGUCCAAGGAGGGGCUGCUGCAGCAUCGCCUGUCCACCGCCAGUUUCUCCGAUCUGUGCGGCACGGAACGCUUUGGCGAGCCGCCACCCGGACGACCACGCGAUGCCGGCCUGCAUAUGCUGGAGCAGGUGAUCAGCACUCUCACCGAUCCCGGCCUCAUGUACGGGGUCAAUGGCAACAUUCCGUAUGGCCAGACCACUCUAACCACGCUGCUAAAGGACUCGUUCGGUGGCCGGGCUCAGACGCUCGUCAUCCUGUGCGUUUCGCCGCUGGAGGAACAUCUGGCCGAGACCCUGGGCAACCUGCAGUUCGCCUUUAAGGUUCAGUGCGUGCGCAAUUUCGUCAUCAUGAACACCUACUCCGAUGACAACACGAUGAUCGUCCGGCCGCAAGAGGCUCUGCCGAAUUCCAAUCCCGCAGCUGGACCUUUGGCGCAGGCGGGGCUGGGCGACAACUUUGGCCUGCAGUUCGCAGCCAGUCGGUGGUCCAAGUUGGUCACCAAUGCCGAGGGUUUGUUUGCCAAGCUAAUGGACUCGAAGCUGAUCAGUGAACUGGAGAAGGAGCAGAUCGAGGAGUGGCUCUACCUGAAGCAGGAGUGCGAGGACUGCCUCAGCUCAACGGAGGCUAUGCGCCAGCAGCAGAAGCAGCUGGUUCCCAUCGAGGAGGCCGAAGAGCCGGAGGAUCCGGAGGAGAUCAAUUCAGAAGCGGCCAAUUCCGAGCCAGCCAACUCCGAGCCGCCAAACUCGGACAACGAAAACGACACGGACAAUGAGUCGCAGCGUCCCGAUCUGGACGACAAGAUCGAUGGCCUAAUGGACGAGUUUCGGGACAAGACGGACGAGCUUAUACUGGAAAAGCACGCCGAUUACCUGACCAAACACCCCAAGGCGGUUAUGCAGAGCCAGGAACGCGAAAACGAACCACAACCGCCGCCGCCGGCAGCAGAAAAUGGCGAGGAUCGCAAAACCAGCAUCGGAGGUCGCAGGAGAAGCAUUCAGCCGGGCGCCAGCUUGAGCACUGCAGAGCUGGCCAUGCUCAAUCGCGUAGCCUCCCAGCAGCCACCGCCGCCCAUCGAUCCCGAUGCGGUUGUCGAUCCCCUGGAAAGUUCCUCGGGCGAGGGACUCCGCCAGGCCGCCCUCGCCGCCGCCGCAGCCAUUGCUCCCAUCGAGCAGCUGCAGAAGAAGCUGCGCAAACUGGUGGCCGAGAUCGAAGGCAAACAGCGGCAGUUGCGGGAAAUCGAACAAACGAUUAAGGUGAAGCAAAACAUCAUCGGCGAACUGAUCAAGAACAGCGACACGCGUAGCCACGCCAAGCAGCGGUUUCACAAGAAGCGGGCCAAGCUGGAGGCCGAGUGCGACAAGGCCAAGAAGCAGCUGGGCAAGGCUCUAGUGCAGGGCCGCGAAAAGCCGGAAAUCGAGCGCUGGACCACCAUAAUAGCGCAUCUCGAGCGGAGGCUUGAGGAUCUGAGCUCCAUGAAGCACAUUGCCGGUGAGAGUGGUCAGAAGGUGAAGAAGCUGCAGCAAUCGGUGGCCGAGUCGCGAAAGCAGGUCGAAGAUCUGGAGAAAAAAUUGCGCAAGGAAGGCAAGUUGCGGGAUCAAAUGGAAGCAGAGUUGGCCAAGCUAAGGGAAUCUAGGGACACGCCUGCGGGCAAAGAGCUAGUGAAGACCCCAGAUUCCCCAGAGCAGCAUGGCCGCCAGUUGAAGGCGGUGCAGGCCAGGAUCACACACCUCAAUCACAUACUCCGCGAGAAGUCGGACAACCUGGAGGAGCAGCCCGGAGCAGAGCAGCAGGAGAGCUUGCGUCACGAGAUUCGCAACCUGCGCGGCACUCGCGAUUUGCUGCUGGAGGAGCGCUGUCAUCUGGAUCGCAAGCUCAAGCGGGACAAAGUUUUAACCCAAAAGGAAGAACGCAAGUUGCUCGAGUGCGACGAGGCCAUCGAGGCCAUAGACGCGGCCAUAGAAUUCAAGAACGAGAUGAUCACGGGCCACCGCUCCAUCGACACCAGCGAUCGAAUUGAGCGCGAGAAGGGCGAGCAGAUGCUAAUGGCCCGCUUGAAUCGUCUGUCCACAGAGGAGAUGCGCACGCUGUUGUACAAGUACUUCACCAAGGUGAUCGAUCUGCGUGACUCCUCGCGAAAGUUGGAGCUGCAGCUGGUGCAGUUGGAGCGAGAGCGAGAUGCCUGGGAGUGGAAGGAGCGCGUUCUCUCGAAUGCCGUGCGUCAGGCCAGACUUGAAGGCGAACGAAAUGCCGUGCUGUUGCAGCGGCAGCACGAGAUGAAGCUCACCCUGAUGCUGCGUCACAUGGCCGAGGAAACGUCGGCUAGCUCGGCCAGCUACGGAGAACGAGCCCUGGCCCCGGCCACUACUGCAUCCUCGCCAGCGCAGGCGAACAGCGAUUUCGACUACGAUGAUUUCUACAAGGCGACCGGCAGUAAUCCCGGCAAGGCGCUGGUCAAGGCGUCUAAACCGCUGCCCACUGGCUCGGCGCUGGACAAGUACAAGGAUAAGGAGCAGCGCAGUGGACGCAACAUCUUCGCCAAGUUCCAUGUCCUCACCCGGUAUGCGUCGGCUGCUGCAGGCGGUUCCUCGGGCUCCACGGCUGAAGAGUCCACGGCCCUGAUUGAGUCAACCACUACGGCCACGGCGACGACCACCACCACAACUUCGACUACUACGGGAGCUGUGGGAAAAGUCAAGGAUAAGGCUCUAGUCAGCUUUAGGCCGGAGCAGCUGAAGCGACUAAUGCCAGCGCCAACGGCCACGAAGGUGACGCGCCAGAAGAACAAGAUAAUUAUCCAGGACGCCAGUCGUCGUAAUUAAAUACGAAUUUAAUCAUUUCCAGGGCGAUUUUAUCAGGUUAAGCCAAAUAGCCAUAGGCCAUGUAUCGAAAACUAGCCACCAAAAUAACAAAGGCGACAUAUUUUACUUCUCUAAAAAUAUCUAGUUCAUUACAAGUUCGAAUAUUGCAGAAUGAAAUUAUAUUUUUAAAGAUAAAAAGUAUUUUAUAAAA